AUGUCUUCGUUGAAGAAUUAUCUUUGUAAUUUAAAUUUUUUUGCACCCGCUCCUGAUAGUAAUGAAAGAGAAGAUGAACAACAACGUCUUAGUAAUAUUAUUGCUACUCAAGUUUAUCUUAUUGUUCUUCUAAUAAGUUUAAUUUCAAUUGGUAUAUUUCUAUGGAUAAGUCCUAAUAUGACAACAGUUACAUUGAAAUAUUUAACAAAAGAACAAUUAAAAAGCCUUCCAAUUGGUAUACAAUGUCCUUGUUCUCGCAUAUCAAUAUCAUAUAGUGAAUUUACAUCAUUAGAUCCGAAUUAUCAUCAAAUAUGUUCAAGUGAUUUUAUUAGUGAUCGAUGGAUCAAUGCAAUCUAUACUGGUUCAAAUGUAACUUAUUUUAAUAUAAGAGAUUUUCGAAGUUUUUCUAGUGCUCAAUUUCAAGCAUUAGCUGCAUUUUGUCAUUUAUCAAAAUCUUAUGUACAACAGAUUUUAUCUGAAUAUGAUCUUCAAAUACAAAUUCAAUCAAUUAUUUAUCAAACUCAACAAAUAGUUUCUCAAACUUUUACAAAUCAACUAGAUUUAAUAAUUCGAAUGACAACAGGAAAUAAAAUUGUAUCGGGAUUACUAACAAAUUAUAUUAUAUCAUAUUAUAAUACAUUUCCUGAAUUACAGUCUAUUAUAUAUCAUCGUGACGAUGGUACAUUUUGUGAUUGUCAAAAUGAUUUUUAUUGUACAUCGAGUGCAGUAUUUGAUAAUACAUUUCGAGCACGAACACGAUAUAUAUCUAAUAAUACAAAAACAUUACCUGGAAUAGCAUCAGGUUGUUUACCUAUCAUUUCAAUACUUGAUUCAACACUUGAAUGUUUUUAUAAUCAAACAUGUUUAGACGAUAUUAUUUCUUAUUUUCCAACCAAUGAAAAAUUUUCAGCAUUAGUCAUUCAUAGUAAUAGUUCUUAUAAUCGAUAUACAAAAGUAAAAACAAUGUUAGAAAAUUUAAUGAUAGAACAAUGGAUAACAAAUAUAUCCUAUGAUAAAUAUUAUGAUCAAUGUGCACCUAUAUCAUGUACAUAUUCGAAAGAAGAACGACAUAAUUUAAUAUUUGUUAUAACUAAACUUAUUGGUCUUUUAAGUGGUUUAACACUAGUUCUUGGAUUAAUUAGUCCCAUCGUUGUUCGAUUUAUAAUGAAAAAAAUAAAUCAUGAACAAUCUCCAUCGAUUCCAAUUCGUAUUCGUUUGAAUCAAAUUAAAUCAAGUAUUAAAAAAGCCGUGAUUGAUUUGAAUCUUUUCAAACAUUAUCCAAGUAAUGAUCGACAAAUACGAUAUCAACGAUAUGCAACUCGACUUUAUCUUAUUUUAAUUGUUAUUUCAGUUGGAUCAUUAUCUGUAUAUCAUUUAAUUCGUAAAAGAAUUCAACGUAAAACUAUUCUAAAUCCAUCAUUAUCGAAAUAUUUAGAACUUUCUCAAAUAAAUUCUAUUGAUCUUUAUUGUCCAUGUACAUCGAUAUCGACAUCCUAUUCAACAUUGAUUAGUAUUGAAGUACAUUAUCAUCAAUUAUGUUCAAGUUAUUUAGUAUCGUCACGAUGGAUUGCUUAUAGUAAUUCGAUAUCGAGAAUAUUAGGUGAUCUUUAUGAUUAUCGAAAUCAUGCUGGUAAUCAAUUUCAAACAUUAUCAAUGUUUUGUGAACAAGCUCAACAAAUAAUGAACAAUUCACUUAGUAUUUUUCUUAAAACAAAUUUAUUUAGUUUACAAGUUAUUCGUAAAAAUCAACUUAAAAGUCAAUUGGAUUCAGCUAUUGAAGAUUGGAAAUCAUCUAAAAUAAAUCAAUUUAUUAGUACAAUCGAUUUAAUUCGUAAUACAACACAAGGAAAUCAAUUAAUGAAUCGUCUUAAUAUAUUUUUUCAAUUUCCGGAUGAUGUAAGAACAAUAUUAGAACCUCGAAUAUAUGGAGAUUGUAAUUGUGCAUUUUUUGCAAGUUUAUGUUCAACUCCAAUGGAAAUAUUUGCUUACAGUUAUAUUUUAUUAAUUGAAAAUUUUUAUGUUGGAUGUUAUUUAAUUGAUGCAUUACUUUUAUCAACAUUAGAAUGUUUUUAUAAUAAAAUAUUAAUUAUUUUUAUAAUUGGUAUUAUUGGUGAACUUUCAAUUGGAUUCAAAGUUUCAAUCUUACUUGUACUUCGAUUAACUGAAAAAUUCAUUAAUAAUUUCACUUUUAAAAUUUCAAUACGUUCUAUAAAACGUUUUCUUAUUGGUACUAAUGAAGAACAAAUAGCUCGACGAUUACAUUUGGUAUUAGUUUCAACGACAUUGAGUAUUCUUUAUAUAACUGUUGCUUUUAGUCCUCAAUUAACUUCAGUAGAGAUUAAGAAUCCAUCAUUAUCUAUUUAUGAAAAUCUAGUCGAACAAUAUUCGUAUAGUCUUCAAUGUUCUUGUUCACAAAUCUCAAUAACAUAUGGAUCAUUUAUUGAUAUUAAAUCUAGCUAUCAUCCAGCAUGUUCAAGAAAUUUUAUUGGUGAUUUAUGGAUGGCUGCUCUUAUCAUUCGAAAUAAUCCAUUUUAUCAAAAUGUUUCUAAAACUUAUAUUUAUUCUUCUGUUGGACAAUUAAAAGCACUUUCUACACUUUGUCAAUUAUCGAAGUCAACAGUUGAUCGAUCAAUUACACAAUUUCGAAAUAAUCAUAUGAUUAAUAUUCAAUUAUUAUCAUCAAAUGUUUUAUAUCAAAGAAUUCUAAUGAUUAUGAAUGAAAUGAAAACUACAAUGCCAAAAUUAUUUAUUAAUACAUUAUCAUUAAUUCGUCAAACAACAAAAGCAAAUAAAUUUUUAACUACAUUUGGUACGACUUGGUUAUUAGCUGAUUUAUAUAAUUCAACAAAUGGAGAUAUAAUUCAUACAAUACCAGUUGAAUAUGAUCUAUGUAAUUGUGGAUUAUCUUCACAAUGUUUUACAAAACUUUAUGGAGUUAUUAUAUCUUGUUAUAUACUUGAAGUUUUUACAAUCAACAUUUGA